CGAGUCGAAUUGAACAUGAUGAUCCAACCCACAUACAUUUUAACAAUAAUAGUACUUUUCACUGGAUCCUUUGCUGUGGAAGUGUCGGUUUGUGUAAAACCUAACGCAGAUAUUACAGAAUAUCAGACGACACAGUUGAUAUGCUAUUUUAACAGAAAUCUUUCAACAUCCUUCAAGCAACCAAUGUAUAGAUGGUCUAAAUAUAUAAAUGAUAGAAACAAGCACCUAAUUGCAACAUACUACGAUGGAUAUGGAGCUGUGCCUGAGGCUUACAGAAAAAACAUAAGCAUUGAUGCUAACGGAAACAUUGUGAUAAACAGGACAACGCGAGCAGAUGCUGGAGCAUAUGAGUGCGAGAUACUGAUAUUUGAUGAUGAACCAUCUAGGGCAAGUGAAAUUGUCAAUAUUACUGUGUUAUAUUUAUAUGCGCCUGAUAUCAAUUUACCUGAACACGCCGUAGAGGGUGAUUUGUUGGAUAUCUUUUGCUCAAUUGCUACUGCAUAUCCUGCUCCAAUACUUAUUCUUUAUAAGGGUCGACAACCGAUAUAUUCUACGACUGGCACUAUUUUGAAACAUACCAUUAGCAAUGCAACAAGAAAAGAUACUGGUGAAUAUAUCUGUCGUGCAAAUAACGAUGUUGGGAGCAAGGAGAGUGACACCAAGAGCCUAAAUAUUCAUUAUAUAGAUUGCCAACUAAAAAGUAGUUUUAAUAGUACAGUGGUAGAAGGAAAAACUCUGUCCAUUUUCUGUCACGUAAAUGCUAAUCCGAAUUCAAAUUAUACUAUAUACAAAAAUAACAACCCAAUCAAAAGUGGAAUUGGAGAUCUUAUGGUAUAUUCCAUCGACAAUGUGAAACAAGAAGACGCUGGAAAUUAUCACUGUAUGGUUACAAAUUUUGCAGGGACUGUUACAUGUGGAAAGAGAAGUAUAUUUGUUACAUACGUGAGGAUAUUAUCUUUUGCUUGGUUGGACGGUGUUGCUACAUGUGUUGCUGAGGGUGAUUCAUGUCCCACUGUUACCAUCAGUGUAAAUGGGACGAUUGUUUCAACUGGACAUUCUCUGACUUCAACCGGGAUUGAACCAGAGGCCUGCAAACCAAUGGGAACCGUUAUGUGUAAUGCAUCAAAUGAAAAAUCCAUCGCCGAGCCACAGAGCCUAAAAAAGUGCACGGUUCAUUCAGGUACUACACGACGGUCACCAGAUAUUCUAGUUCAUCAACUCACUGCAGGGAGUGUUGGAUUCUUUGUCGGUUGUACCUUACUAAUAUUUGUAUUUUGUAUUGUGAGAAAAUUAUCAUCUUCAAAAGCGGUAAAUAAUAAUGGUACUGAACACCAAUGUCAACCACAUCAAUCAAUUUACCAGUCUCUCAUUAAAAACGAUGGCAAGGAAAUGGUAAAGGAGUUAGGUGGCAGGGAAUUAAGAACACAAGUCACAAAAGAAGGUUCUUAUCUAGACCUAAUUCAGUCUACCUCACGUCAUAUUCGCUAUAAUUCUAAUGAUAACAAGGACAUCGAAUUGAAAGAUAUUUCAGAAACAACACUACUUCAUCCGCUUGUUGGUAUUACACAGAGCCUGCAAGGCAGAUCAAUUGAUGUUGUAAAGGCUUACUAUGAAGUGAAAGAUUGUAUGAAAGACAUGCAACAUUUGAGGGAAAAUACAAUUUCAUACAAUUUACCAGCAAUCCGCAAGGUUGGUAACAAAGCUUAG